AACCUGUCCAAACACUGUAGCGGCUCUCCACAGUUCAUCAAUGUUGUAUCAGAAUUUCCUUCCUUUUUGAGGCUGACAUGGGUUGGCAUCAUCCUGCCAGUGGAAGAUAGAUCUGGCCUGGCUUCACAGCCAGAACACAGGUGUGCAUCCUCCUCACCCUCCCCUGAACAUAGCCUCCUCCUCCUCCCUCUCCUGCAGGCUGUGAACGCUGCCAAGCACAAGGUGGCGGGGGUGCUGGUGUACACGGACCCCGCAGACGUCAAUGAUGGACGGAGCUUGCCCAACGAGACCUUCCCGCACUCCUGGCACCUGCCUCCCUCUGGGGUGGAACGAGGCUCCUACUAUGAGUAUUUUGGGGACCCCCUGACUCCCUACCUUCCAGCCAACCCCUCUUCCUUUCGCCUGGACCCAGCCACUGCCUCCGGAUUUCCCCCAAUUCCCAUUCAGCCCAUUGGCUUCGAGGAUGCCAAAGUCCUUCUCUGUAACCUCCAGGGACCCUCAGCCCAGGCUGACUGGCAGGGAGCACUGGGCUGUGACUACAAGUUGGGCCCGGGCUUUGAGCCUGGUGGUAUGUUCGCAGGCAGGGCUGUGAACGCUGCCAAGCACAAGGUGGCGGGGGUGCUGGUGUACACGGACCCCGCAGACGUCAAUGAUGGACGGAGCUUGCCCAACGAGACCUUCCCGCACUCCUGGCCCCUGCCUCCCUCUGGGCCCAUUGGCUUCGAGGAUGCCAAAGUCCUUCUCUGUAACCUCCAGGGACCCUCAGCCCAGGCUGACUGGCAGGGAGCACUGGGCUGUGACUACAAGUUGGGCCCGGGCUUUGAGCCUGGUGACAGCAGAGUGUUUGCGAGCUGGGGGGCAGAGGAGUUUGGUCUCAUUGGCUCCACAGAAUUCACGGAGGAGUUCUUCUGCAAGCUGCAGGAGCGCGCCGUGGCCUACAUCAACGUGGACAUCUCGGUGUUUGCCAACGCCACCCUGAGGGCGCAGGGGACGCCCCCCGUCCAAAGCGUCAUCUUCUCCGCAGCCAAACAGAUCCCAGCACCAGGCCCCGGCAGCCUCAGCAUCUACGACAACUGGAUCCGGUAUUUCAACCGCAGCAGUCCCGUGUAUGGCCUGGUCCCCAGUGUGGGCUCUCUGGGUGCUGGCAGCGACUACGCGCCCUUCAUUCACUUCCUGGGCAUCUCCUCCAUGGACAUCGCCUACACCUAUGACCGGAGCAAGACCUCAGCGCGGAUCUACCCCACCUACCACACAGCUUUCGACACCUUUGGUUACGUGGACACGUUUGUGGACCCCGGCUUCAGCAGCCACCAGGCCGUGGCCAGGACGGCGGGGAAUGUGCUUCUUCGUCUCAGUGACAGCCUUUUCCUGCCUCUCAACGUCAGUGACUACAGUGAGACCCUCCGAAGCUUCCUGCAGGCUGCCCAGCUGUACUUGGGGCCCCUGCUGGAGAGGCACAGCAUCAGCCUGGAUACGAAGAUGCUGGCUGCACCGAUGCUCCCUAUUUCUCCUGGUAGCCACGUGCUCUGGGCUCCUCGUAAAAGCGUCGUAGCUACAUUCCCAGGCCUGGCCAAUGCCUUUCUCAGGGCCAACGACACAGACCCAGGAUCUGCGGCCUGGGCUGAGGUGCAGAGGCAGCUCAGCAUUGUGGUGGUGGCCCUGGAGGGUGCAGCAGCCACCCUGAGGCCUGUGGCUGACCUCUGACCCCAGCCUUCCUUCCUCAGCUCGCCACUACCCCCCCUUAUCUGAACCCUCUCCCCACUCGUUUUCUUUGGGUGUCCCAGUCUUCCCUGAUGCCAAGGGAGGUCACACUCUGGGAUCCUUUCCAGCUUCUGGGGCAACAGCUCAGGGCCCUACCAGUUGUGGUCACCUGAGGGGAGUGACAAGCCCUGAAUGAAUCUCCCUCAUCCUGGCUGUUGGGUGAGAGGGUGGAGAAAAGGAGGCAGGGAUGGUGGGAAUGGCCAAACCCUCAGUUGCUCUUGGUGGUGGGUGGGUGAGGAUAGUGUACAUGCCAACCUUAGAUGCCAGCACCCGAGUGCACCAGGGCUACUCCUCAGGGACCAGCAGGGAAACUGAGGCCCAGGGCAAAUAGGGCCUUGCCCACUCUGGGUUCCUCCACCCUCAUACCUCACAUUUCUCAACUCCUUCCUGCCCUUCCCCAAAUAAAUCAAGCCUAGCUAUUGUCCUUACAAAA